GCCUAUGCAAUCCUUUUCUCCUCUGAGUUCCAAGGUUGUACUUGUCUCCGACAGAAAACGCAGGCUAUCAAGCUCAUCAAGUGGUCUGUUCUCCUCCACUUUCAGCAUCCCGUCUGUUGGCUUCAGCUUCGUUAAUUUUUCAAAUCCAUAGGAAAAAGCAAAGAUGCCCCACAGAACACGUCCUAUGACGGCGCUGUUAGUGUUCACUGUCGUCAACGUUGUCCUGGUCUCAACCAUUACUCCUGUCUAUGAUUUUGUCUGCUUCCUUCCUUACUGGGAAAGACGGCGAGAACGGCGUCGUCUUGAGCAUGAAGCUUUAUCAAAUAAAUCUCAAUCACCCUGAAAGAUCUCUAAGAUCCUCCUUGAUAAUAGGUUUCUUAAUUAAUGAGUACAUUAUCAAAUGAUUCACUCUAAGUGACAAUUUUUCUUCUUGGAAAUGAAGAAGUAGAAGUACCAUAAGAGGUGAGAAGUCCUUUCCCCUUGCUUGUUUGUAUUGAAUUUCCUUAGCUGUAGAUUGGAAACUGUCACUGUGAAAAAUGCGAAAUGCUAUGUCAAAAUUUUCACAAGACAUCAUGGAUGCCAUUAAAGUGGUUAAAAUUAUUAAGUUUGGGCUGCGCAGAUGGUGUAUGAUUCAAUGAAGUGUCGUAAUCAAACAUGAGACUUGAAAUCUUAAGUUGUCAGAUUUCUUGGAAUCAAAUGAGUAAUGUCUUUAGCCUUAUCAGUGUUUGGAUCUCCCCUUAGAUUGGGGAUAAUUGCAUGGACAAAUAAUAAAAAAAAAAAAAGUUCAAGAUUUUGAAGUUGAAAUGACUUGAUCAAUCAUAAACUUGUAAUUCACAUGGCUUCCUUUAUUUUCAAUUUUCUCAAUGAUUUGUAUUGGUGGGUAGUUGGCAUUGUAAGUUCUCAGAUAUUGUACCAUUUUUUCCUUAAUAAUAUUAAAAGUUGCAGCUUAUGUAAACUUGUCUUUGCCUAUCUCUCGUAGAGUUGGACAAGAGUUAAAGAUACAUAAAAAAAAUUUAAAAUAAAAAGGCAACAACAACAACAACACAAAAAGAGAAAUCGAUAUAAGCAGAAGGUAAGAGGGAUUAUGAUAGGAUGGUUGGCUCUUAUCUGUCUUCUAUUACUACAUGCCACUAUCAUCAUCUUAUCUUUAA